UCAUAUAAAUAGUUUAGGAUAUUUCAACAGUAUCAGCAUAACGCAACGCCCUGCAAGACCAUCAACAACUUUAUUUUUAUAACGCUUUUGUUAACCAUGCAACUACACAACAAAACCCUUGGCCUACUGCUGCUUUUGGUGGCUCUUGUCUCAGUUGAUGCUGGCGCAUUGCGUCGUCAGCUGCGCGAUGUUAGCCAUCUGCCGUUGGAGUAUUUGCCGCCUGUGGUGUUGCCACCGCUGCCGAGUCGCGAGUACUUGCCACCUGUGGAGCAACAUGCGGCCACAUUGUCGCAUGUGCUCCAACCGCCACGUGAUUACUUGCCACCAAGCAACGAGUACUUGCCACCAGUUGAGGAAGUAGAAACAACCACUGAAGAGAUCGUUCCCAGCACCACCGCAGAGGCAGUUGAAGCACCUGCCACAACCACCACCACAGAGCAGCCAACGGAGCAACCAACCACAGAAGCAGCUGUUGAAGCUGAGCCUGAAGUGGCAGCCACUGAGGAGCCCGUUGAAGUGAAGACGCAUGAGGAUAUCGAGCAGGGUUCGGGCGUGUUGCAAGCCGAUGGCUAUCACUACAGUGCACCCGAGGUCAUUCCCGAUCUUGGCCAGGCUGUGGCUGCUGUUGAAGCUUAUCUGCCGCCCCUCGAGGACAAUGCUGUUGUGGCUGAAGAGUUGCCAGAGAGCGAUGAAUCUGCUGCUCUCUUAGAUGAUGGCUAUCAUUAUCGCUCCAUUCGCCGGCUGCGACUCUAAUUCCAAAACGAAUUUUGUUAACCAACUUUUGUUGUUUAUUUUUACACACACAAACAUACACACCACAUUUACCACACCACAAAACGCGCACCACAAAACCGCACAAAACACAAAGCACAAAACGCACACAGCUGAAGGCUUGCAAUAAAAUGGAAUUCUCUAUAAAUACGCGCGACACUCUCGCACAUUUGCAACAUUUUGCUGUGGCAACAACUCAAUUAGAUGGCGGAGCGCCGAGCGUGGGGAGUGGUAUAACAUUUCAUUUGAUAUUGAUGACAGGAAAUUAGAAAAAUGUUUUCAUUCUGUUUGCCACACACACGACGACGAUGACGAAGACAACACACAACACACAACACAACAGCAUGUCCCUCAUCCACAGCCACAACUACAGCUUCCUCAUCAUCAUCAUUAUCAUCAUCAGGCUCAUCAUCAGGGUUGCCAUCAUGUCCUUGCGCUGUCGUCCUUCCUCGUGUGUGUGGCUACACAAUUGAUUUGUCUGUUGUCGCUUACACUUUUCAAUCCUUGCGCCUGUCACGACACAAAACGCCAGGCUUCGCUUUUCUCCUUCUCCCUCGACUUCUCCUGCUUCUUGUUGACACAAUGUUUCGUCCCUUUUUAUUGUUUUCCUUGUUGUUGUUCUUCAGUU